UAAAUUUCUGAAAGAUGGCGCUGAUCCAUCACCUGGCAAGUUAUCGAUGCUGGAUGUGAUUUUUCAAAAACUAGAAAUUUUCUUUGGCCGGGUGAUAACUAACCUCUAUAUAAUAACAUUCUCACGUGUACAUCUGCCAGAACCAUGUGCGCGACAAAUAAUAAUUAAAAUAAAACCUCGUGGAAGUGAAAAAGUUAGAAAAAAUGAGUGAACUAGCGGACGUGACCCACAAAAGCCACCGCGAGCACAAAACUGGGCGAAAAGCCGAGAAGAAAAAAUUACAGAAGGAAAAAAAGUCAAACAAUGCUUCAGAGCGGCCACAGAACCCGAAAGCAUUUACUUUCAACUCGGCAAUUGGAGCUGAAAGACGUUUUCGCCGGAAGCAAGAUUUAACUACCAAGAAAACUCACAUCCCGUAUGUCGACAGAACUCCAAUCGAACCUCCACCAAUCCUGGUGGCCGUGGUGGGUCCUCCGAAGGUCGGUAAGUCUUUGCUAAUCCACUGUCUGAUUAAGAACUUCACCAGAGACCCGCCGAAGGACAUCAAGGGUCCCGUGACAGUGGUGUCUGGGAAGAAGCAGCGCAUCACCUUCGUCGAGUGCAACAACGACCUCAACUCGAUGAUCGACAUAGCGAAGGUCGCGGACCUGGUUCUGCUCCUGGCCGACGCGUCUUUUGGAUUCGAGAUGGAGAUCUUUGAGUUCCUGAACAUCUGUCAGGUCCACGGGAUGCCCAAGAUCAUGGGAGUCCUGACGCACCUGGACCUGAUCAAGGACGCGACCAAGCUGAAGAAAACCAAGAAAGUCCUGAAGCACCGGUUCUGGACUGAAGUCUACAACGGAGCAAAGCUUUUCUAUCUUUCUGGACAAAUCCACAACGAGUAUCUCCGGAAUGAAGUGAAAAAUCUUGCUCGGUUUAUUUCAGUGAUGAAGUUCCGGCAGCUGACCUGGCGCUCCAGUCAUCCGUACAUUCUCGCAGACAGAGUUGAGGACAUGACUGACCUGGAGACAGUCAAGAGGACCCCCAAAGUCGACAGGACUGUGUGCUUCUAUGGGUACAUGCGAGGAUGUCCGCUCAGGAAGGAUUCUUCGGUUCACAUUCCUGGAGUCGGGGACUUGAGGGUCAAGGAUGUCAGCUUUCUACCGGAUCCUUGUCCGCUGCCAGAGACCCUGAAGAAGAGAGCGCUGAUCGAGAAAGAGAGACUGGUCUAUGCGCCCUUCUCCGGAGCCGGUGGCAUUAUUUAUGAUAAAGAUGCUGUCUAUGUCGAGCUCGGAGGCAGUCAUUCGUUUAAGGAACAAGAGAAUGAACUGAUCUCUGGGAUGAUUGACACCGCGGGGACUCUAGAUGAAAAGCUCGAGAUGAGCGAGUUGAAACUGUUCAGUGACUCCAAGGCGAUCUUGAGCAAAGAGGUUGAUGAGGUCUUUGGCAAGCAGCAGGAAAAUGUUUUUGAUAAUGGCAGGAUGAGGAGGAAGGUUAUUUUUAAUGAUGAUAAUCAUGAUAAUGGUGAUGGUCAAGAGUCAGAUGAAGAUGAGGAUGAGGGUGAUGAUGAUGAAGAUGAGGGUGAUGAUGAUGAAGAUGAAGAAGAAGAAGAAAGCUCGAGAGUUCUGGAAAGAAUUGAUGAGGGAGAUGAAAAGGCAGAGAAUGUUGAUGAUGAUCGAAAAUCAGGUGAAAACAAUGAUAAGUCUUUGGAAAAUGGAAAUUCUAAAAGUCUUUCCAUAAAAGUUGGAGAAGAAGAAGAAGAUGAAGAUAAAGAUGAUGAAGAAGAUGUGGAUGAUGAUGAUGAUGAAGAAGAAGAAGAAGAUGAAGAUAAAGAUGAUGAAGAAGAUGUGGAUGAUGAUGAUGAUGAAGAAGAAGAAGAAGAAGAAGAAGAUGUAAAUUGUAAAUAUUCUUUGAAAAGAAAAUUUCAAAAAAAGGAUGAUAAUUCAGAUGAAAAAUCUAAAGAAAGUAAUAAAAAAUUAAAAAUAAGUGACGAUGAAUUGUCAGAUCUUGAACUCCAAAAUUCAUCGACUAAUAAACAAAAUGCUCAAGCUAAUUCACUAACCAAAGGAGUGAAAAAAAAUCCUCCAAGUGAACUAAGUAAAAAAAUAUCCGAGACAUUGAAAAGUUUAGAAAAAAAAAAUUUAGGCAAACAAAACGAAGAAAGCGACGAUGAGAUGAGUGACAAUGAUUCAGAGGGCUCGAUUGAGGACAUGGAUGCCGAUGGUGAUAGAAGGUGGACUCGAACUGCCGAAGAGGCGAGUCGAAAGUUUGAGAAUAGGCGAAAGAACGUUCGCAGUCUUAUGAAAUUAGUUUACGACGUCGAGCAAAGAAAGUCAGCGGAAAAGGAAGACGAAGAGGAAGGUGACGAGGUUGCAGGGAUAUUCCGUGUGAUCACGGAGAAGCAGAAGAAGAAAAUUGAAGACCGAGAGUUGGAGGACCAGGAGGACACCGUUUUCUACAGCCUGGAGCCUCCGUCAGAAGAGGAAAUAGCGAAGCGCUCUCAAGAUGCGCGCGCGUUUCUCAUCCAAGGCUGGCAAGAGUCCGAAGAUGCGAACGAGCUGCUGAAGUUAGACAACCUGAAGGAGGACGGCGAAGAAGAAGAAGUCUUCGGUGACUUUGAGGAUCUGGAGACUGGAGAGAAGUUCGACGCGAAGACCGACAAUCCUGCGCCCAAGGAGAGGACUGAGGACGAAGAUGAGGAACGGAAAAAAUUGCUGGAGAAGAAGAGGAAGAUCAAGCAGCAGUUUGACGCCCUGUAUGACGAUGCUGAGACGCAAAAUUUCUACGAAGCACUGAAAAGAGACGUUGAGAAGCAGGCCGAGCUCAACAAAACGGAGUUUGACGGCCUGGAUGACUAUGUACGGGUCCAGGUGGAAGGGUUUCGCCCGGGGAUGUAUGUCAGAGUGGAAAUUGGCUCUGUGCCCUGUGAACUGCUGGAUAACUUUGAUCCAACUUACCCGCUUAUCCUGGGAGGGCUUCUCAGGGGCGAAGAGAACAUUGGACUCGUUCAGACCAAGUUCAAGAAACACCGGUGGUAUCCGAAAAUUCUAAAAACUAGAGACCCGGUCGUUUUGUCUGUUGGCUGGAGAAGAUUCCAGACUAUUAUGAUUUAUGCCAAGCUGGAGGACAAUAUGAGACAGAGAAUGUUGAAGUAUACUCCGAAGCAUUUAACUUGCAUGGGACACUUCUGGGGACCUAUUACACCUCAAGGUACUGGAGUUCUGGCUGUUCAGGAUGUUAACAGUAGGAGUAAAGGAUUCAGGAUCGUAGCAACUGGCUCAGUAGCAGAGUUGGACAAAAAUACACGAAUCGUAAAAAAACUAAAAUUAAUUGGAGAGCCUAAAAAAAUCUACAAAAAGACGGCCUUCAUCGGGGGUAUGUUCAACUCUCAGUUGGAGGUCGCUAAGUUCGAAGGUGCAAAAAUAAAAACAGUCUCUGGUAUCCGUGGAUUGAUAAAGAGAGCUGAAAAAACUCCAGGCUGGUUCCGAGCAACUUUCGAGGACAAGAUCCAGCUGAGUGACAUCGUGUUUUGUCGAACGUGGGUCAGGAUAGAGGUGCCGCAUUACUACAAUCCGGUAAUCAACCUACUAUUGCCCCAUGGCAAGAAAAACGAGUGGCGAGGCAUGAGGACCGUGGCUGAGCUCAAGAAAGCUAACAACAUCAAGGCCAAGCCCGAGGAUUUCAAAGACUCGCUCUACACCCCGAUUGAGCGCCAGCAGAAAGUCUUUCAGCCCCUGAGGAUCCCCAAGGCUCUCCAGAAGGCGCUUCCUUACCGCGACAAGCCCAAACUCCAGCCUCUCGAGGUCAAUCACAGGCCUCAGUACUCGGAGAGACGAGUCGCCGUUGUCAGAAGCAAGGAGGAAGAGAGUAGAAGUGAUCUUAUUAAGAGGAUCCGCGCUCUUUAUUCUUACAAAGAAAAGAAAGCGAAAGCUGAGAUGUCCAAGCGCAUGGCUGAGCGCAAGAAGCUUUUGGACGCCGAGGAAAUGAAGCGCCUGAAGAAGGGCAAACAGCUGAAGAAACAAAUCUUCAGCACGCUCAGUAAAAUGGACGCUAAAAAUAAGAAUAGUCGUUAAGGUAAUUAAAUAAUUUAUCGGUAUUGUUAACGUAAAUAGUAAAAUUUAAUA